ACCCGUACGCUAUCAACUUUGUAGAGACAGAGACAGAGAGAUGAGUAUGGAAGAGAUGAAGCAGAGGCCAAAGGCAAUCAUAGUAGGAGGAAGCAUUGCCGGGAUUUCAUGCGCACAUGCUCUCAUUUCAGCAGGAUGGAACGUCGUCGUUCUCGAGAAAUCAACCUCACCUCCUCAGAGAAACGCCACCGGCGCCGGAAUUGCAAUGGACCCUCUUUCUCAGAAAAUCAUCAAGUCCUGGAUUUCUCAGCCUCAGCUUCUUCAAGAAAUCACCAUCCCUCUCACUAUUGAUCAGAACGUAGUGACAGAUGGAGACAAGAUUAGGAUACUGACAAGAGAUGAAAAAUUCAAUUUCAGAGCUGCACAUUGGUCUGAGCUCCAUGGCCUUCUAUUCAAUGAUCUACCACCUGAAAUAUUUCUGUGGGGUCACCAUUUCCUGUCUUUGCACAUUUCUAAAGACAGGACCUCUGUUAGCGUUAAGGCAAAAUGUGUUCAAACUGAUGAGAUCAUUGAGAUAAAUGGGGACUUGCUUGUCGCAGCGGACGGCUCUCUCUCUUCCAUUCGCAAGACCUUUCUUCCUGACCUGAAACUAAGGUAUUCUGGUUACUGUGCUUGGAGAGGGAUUCUUGAUUUUUCAGGUAAAGAGAAUUCAGAAACUGUUCUAGGCAUCAGAAAGCUGUAUUCUGAUUUGGGCAACGGCGUAUACAUCCAUCUUGCUGGUGAAACUCAUAGCGUUCUCUAUGAACUUGGCUAUGAAAAGCUCAAUUGGGUUUUGUUUGUUCAUCACCCUGAACCUAAACUAAAGGGAAAUUCAGUUACCAUGAAAGUAACCAGUGAUAUGAUAAAUAAUAUGUACAAAGAAGCAGAGAAAGUUUGCCUUCCAGAGUUUGUGGAAUUAAUGAAAAAAUCAAAGGAGCCAUUUCUAAAUUUCAUAUAUGACUGUGAUCCUUUAGAACAGAUAGUUUGGGACAAUGUGGUGCUAAUUGGAGACGCUGCACAUCCAACAACCCCUCAUGGCGCAAGAAGCACUAAUAUGGCAAUUGCAGAUGCUGCCAUUUUAGGUAAAUGUCUGCAGAAAUGGGGUGCUGAAAAUUUAGCCUCAGCACUGGAAGACUAUCAGCGUCUUCGCCUACCGGUGACCUCGAAACAAGUCCUAUACUCUCGGAAAAUGGGUCGAAUCAAACAAGGGUUACAUGUUCCUGGUGUUAAGACCUUUGAUCCGAAAACAGCGAGUCCAAAAGAAUGUGAAAAGCUUCUUCCACAUAAGAAUAUGCCUUUCUUUUAUGGUGUUCCCGGCUUGGACGGUUGAUACACGAUUUAUCACUUGAUCAGUUAUAUAUAUGUAAUCUACAAUAAGUUGUAUGUUUGCAGAGAUUGAAUUCCUGCACUUUAAUUUUCUUUAAAAUCAAACCCUU